GUUCCCUUCCAUGCCAGAUUUGCUGAGCACAGCUCAGCAAGAUGAAGUACUGCCUUGGGUCCCCCACACAGCAGCCUGUGGGGUUUCUACUGUGAAGGCUGGGAAACCGCAACCAGAGAAGAAAACCCCAAUACUGCCCAGCAGAGAAAGCAAAGGAGCUGGAACACUGUACCUUCCCCUAGGGCCUCCGAGCCCUGCCUCCUGCUCAGUACUUUGCCGUUUGCUCUGGAGGGAACACGGCGGACGAUGAGGAGAAAAUAAUGAAUAUCAAGGGAAAAGUAGUCCUGUCGAUGCUGGUUGUCUCGACUGUGUUUGUCGUGUUUUGGGAGUAUGUCAACAGCCCAGAAGGCUCCUUCUUGUGGAUAAACCACACAAAAACUCCAGAGCUUGGUGACAGCAGCAGGUCGAGGGACUGGUGGCUUCCAAACUGGUUUAACAAUAGGACCCGCAGUUAUCCAGAAGAAGCCCUAGAAAGAGGAAGAGAAAAGGAACGAAAUGAAGACAGCACUGAAGAGCUUCCGCUGUGGGACUGGUUUAGCCCAAAGAACCGCCCGGAGGUUUUGACGCUGACCCCAUGGAAGGCGCCAAUUGUGUGGGAAGGCACUUACAACAGAGCUCGGCUGGAAAAGUAUUACGCCAGACAGAAAAUCACCGUGGGGCUGACGGUUUUUGCCGUGGGAAAGUACAUUGAGCAUUACUUGGAAGACUUCCUGGACUCUGCUAACAGGUACUUCAUGGUUGGCCACAGGGUCAUCUUCUACGUCAUGGUGGACGAUGCCUCCAGAAUGCCCUCCAUCCACCUGAGUCCUCUGCACUCGUUGCAAGUGUUUGAGAUCAAGUCUGAGAAGAGGUGGCAGGACAUCAGCAUGAUGCGCAUGAAGACCAUCGGGGACCACAUCCUGGCCCACAUACAGCACGAGGUCGACUUCCUCUUCUGCAUGGAUGUGGAUCAGGUCUUCCAAGACAGUUUUGGUGUGGAGACUCUGGGCCAGCUGGUAGCUCAGCUGCAGGCCUGGUGGUACAAGGCUGAUCGUGACGAGUUCACCUAUGAGAGGCGGGAACUGUCGGCGGCAUACAUCCCAUUUGGACAGGGAGAUUUUUAUUACCACGCAGCCAUUUUUGGAGGAACACCCAUCCAUAUUCUCAACCUCACCCGGGAGUGCUUUGAGGGAAUCCUCCAGGACAAGAAAAAUGACAUAGAAGCACAGUGGCAUGACGAGAGCCACCUCAACAAGUAUUUCCUGUCCAACAAACCCACGAAAGUCCUCUCCCCAGAGUACUGCUGGGACUAUCAGAUAGGCUUGCCUUCGGAAAUUAGAAAUGUUAAGAUAGCAUGGCAGACUAAAGAGUAUAAUUUGGUUAGAAGUAAUGUCUGACUUCAAAUUGUGCCAGUAGAUUUCUAAAUUUGACAGAGAAUUAUUCUGGCUAACUCCUCAAGAAAGUAAUAAUGGUUAAUGUUAACUUAAAAACCAAAAUCAAAACCCACCAACAUGGCAAACACGCGCUAUUUCUCCAUGUAACUUUGAGCCUUGUAAUAUGUGAGAUAGAGGCUCUGGUAAGUAAUCAAGUGUAAAUUCACAGUGAUUUCUUAUAUAUUCUGGGCGUGGGGAAGUGCUGAAAUCAAAAUUAAUGUGCCAUAGGUCAAGAAAAAGCCAGAAUGUUCUACCCAGUAUGUUAGGCUGCUUACUGGAAAAUAGGGUGCUAAGAGAAAUGCUGGAUCAGAGUGGGGUGCACUGUGCCCUCGGUUCACUGUCUUCCUGGUUGUGGGGAUGCUAGAGAGAUGUCACAGCACAAGGCCGUAAGAGGACGCCAGCCAGCAUGGUCCUCAAAGGCUCCACAGCUGGUGGCUUCAGGCCACCGGUGGUCCAGGCCCCACUAAGCUAUUGUUUGGCUUCUGUGCACAAAGAAGGUCGAGAGCCCCGAUGGGUACCAUGGUGGCACGUGCUCAGAGUCCCAGUAAUGUGGGGCUGACCACUCAGAGACUGUGCUACGCUGGAGGGACGUGACACGGCCUUGUGCCUGAACUAAGUUGCAGCUGCAGGCAGUGUUCGUAACAAUGGCUACUAGCAGGAAUUGAAAGGAAGGUGCGUUUUGUUUUGCCCAAGCCAUAUUCAGUGUUGAACACUGGUGAGGGGAGGGGGUGGCUUUAGGGAGAGAGAAUGCUUUUCCACCGGUGGUUCUACCACCUGCUCUGAACCUCAAGGUUCUCCGCCUGGAGAAUUGACAGGAAGAGAAAGCCCGGGGUCACGUGACCUCGUUUUCCCCUGCUCCGUCUACACUAUGCAAGUGCAGCGGCCGUCUGUACUGACUUUAUAACAGCCAGAGACCCAGUCACUGUAACUGAGCUCCUCCUCUGAGAGACGCUUAAGAUCUAUAUCAGUGGCUCUCAAACUUCCGCUGUGACCCUUACAGUGGGCACACAUCAGAUGUCUUACAUAUCAGAUAUUUACAUCAUCAUUCAUAACAGUAGCAAAAUUAUAGUUAUGAAGAAGCACCAAAUCAUUUCUUGGUUGGGGUCAGCGCAGCAUGUUAUGGCACUGGGGAGGCUGAGACCACCGCUGCAUGUGGUGACUUAAGCCGGUCAGUGUGAAGGGCUGUCGGGCUGGAUUUCCAUAUCUGCAUAUUUAUAUUUCCAUAUAUGCAUAUAUUUAUAUUUUGCUGUCUUCCAGUUGUCAUCUGUUUCCAUUUUCAAGCAGUUUAUUUAAAAAGCCAUUGCACUGGUUGACGUACAGUGUGAAGGGCUUCAAUGAAAAAGCAUCUUCCAUUUUGUCUACUUUGCACCACCUCUUGUUCUUCAGUUGUUAAAGGAAAAAGUCACAUGCUCAGCAGCAAGAAAACCCCACAAAAUUCCCGACUUGGUGGGCAUCGCGAAAGGAAGUGGUGAGCACACAUCGGCCCCGGAUUCCGCCUCCCUGUCGCUGAGGCUGUGCUGCGCCAGGCUCAAGUGGGAGAGUUGAAUGUCUUAAGUCCUGAACCAAAGAAACGAUCAAUUCUGAAAGUGUGGGGAAAAGCUGAAGAAGUUUUGAGGGAAUUUCUUGAUUUUUAAAAGUUUAUCUAAAUUUAAAUCCUUAAUGAGUAAAUUUAGAAUGUUAUUAAAGAUAAUGUUUAAACAUUUUUUUAAACAAAAAUUCUGAUUUACAAUUGAAUAAAUUAUUUUCUCAGUA